UCCUUCCUUUUCAGUUCCCUCCGCGGAAGUAGACGCAUUUGUCUAUAUUCCGUUCCUUUUAUUUUUAUCAGUUUUUACCCCCCUAAAUUUAUCAGAAAAUGGAGGCGAAGAUGGAAGCGUAAAGAUAUGUCUCGAUCCAAUCUGGUUUUUUAUUUAACUUCAGUUUAAUGGACCGGAUGAUCUCCAAAUCGGACUGCGUUUCCCACAGCCUUGAAGGGGAGGUUGCUGUAUCCAGCGGGGAGGUAGGCUUUUCCGGGGACCGCGAUGAAAUUCGCCGAACCCUUGGAAGGCCGGAAGCUGCAUUUCCGUCUGGAACAGGCAGCGUCUAGGGAAGCCAGGCUGUGGAAGGCCCGCGUGCCCAAAAAGCCAUCCAGCCAGGAUGCAGACAUCUCCCCCGGUCAGCGAGACGAGGCGGUGCGCUGGCUCGCCGACGUGCACCGCCGCCUGCAGCUCUACCCAGAAACCAUCUGCCUGGCCGUCUCCAUCCUCGACCGCUUUCUUGCCACCGUUAAGGCGCGUCCUAAGUACUUGCGCUGCAUCGCCAUCACCUGUUUCUUCCUGGCUGCCAAGACCAGUGAGGAGGACGAGCGACUCCCCACUCUGAGAGAGCUCAUUAGCAGCAGUAGCUGUGGCUGCACUCGUUCUGAGAUGUUGAGGAUGGAGAGGAUCAUUCUGGAUAAACUCAGCUGGGACCUGCACACUGCCACACCCCUCACCUUCCUGCACAUUUUUCAUGCGAUGGUGUUCAGCUGUAAGGCGGUGCACUUCAACAGUGGCUUAUCUGGUUUGAACCGGUCCCAGCACCUGGCCCUGCUCACCCAGGAGUUACUGCACUGCAUUUCCCACAGUGCACUACUGCAUGUGCGUGGCUCAAUGCUGGCCCUUGCCCUCGUCACCCUGCAGCUGGAGAAACUCUGUCCUGAUUGGCUUGCUCUCACUGUUGACCUGCUGCAGAAAACGCAGAUUGACAGCUCAGAGCUGAUUGGCUGCAGAGAGCUGGUUGCACGUUGCCUGUCCACACACACGGCCUCCCUGCCUCCCAACACUGUGUACAUCUGCCUCCCCCCACGCCCCUCUCCCUUCAGUGACCCCCACCCGGAACACCGGCAAAGGCCGGCGCUGCCCGCCUGGCAUCUCUCGGCUGUCCCGCCCUCUGGCGCUGCCCUUUGCACGUCCCUGGCGCUGCGGAGGAAGCCGUCAGCCAAACGCAAAGUGGAGCAGAUGGACGUGGACGAGUACUUCGACGGCAUCAAGCGCCUCUACAAUGAGGACAGCCCCCCGGAAGGGGUGCCAUGGGGCGGGGAUGAGCCGGCUGGAGGCGGGGCCUCUUCGGGCAGCGUGCUCUUGGUAGCCCGCCCAGAGAGAGGGUCCCCGCCGUGCCCGGCUCUUCAGCCCGUCACUGUCUCCUAGCAACACAAGCAGGGCUAGUUCGAUAGGCAGCGCAGGUCGACGAUAAAGAGAAACCGCAGUUUCGGCACCUCCCUCCACCUUCAGAGCAGAAAAGAGCCAAAACGUGUGCAUAUUAUAAAUGUACUUUAUAAGCCACAGUUUAUUCAGACCUCUCUGUUUAGCCUAAUUACAAAAAAGGAAGAAAAAAAUCAAUAUAAAGUAAAAAUCUCAACAAAAAAGUAGAAAUACUUUUCCCGUCCUUGUUGUAAAAUGUCUGUCUUCGGUGUUGACUCACUUAUCCCUGUUGGCAAAAAUGUUCAUAUAUUCUAAUGUGUGGGUGGGUGUGUGUGCGCGUGUGCGGCCCUGGGAGUUCACAUCCGCUCAGAGUGUGCUGUGUUCUUUCAUGUGCUUUUCUGUUUUUUGUUGCAUUUCUCAUGUACAAAGCAAAUGGCACUCCUGAAUGUAAGUGUGAAUUAAUAUAUUGUAUAAUUCCACGGUUAAAAGAAAAUGGAUUUAAUUUAAUACUUUGUUUUGGCUAUGAACUGUAAUACAAAUGUUAUUUAUGAUUUUUCUUUCCCCUUGAUUAAUUCUUUGUGAUUCUCUCUCCCUCUCACUUUGUCGAUUCUGACUGAUCUCUCUUCCCUCUACGAUCUGUCUGUUGUUUACUGAGAUGCGUGUGCAUGCAUGUGUAAUGGUGCUAAACUCCCUAUCACUUCUGCUAAGACAGCAUUAAUAUAACGUUACUACAGUAAACACCAUCUCCUCACACACGCACUUGCACAGACCAGGGAGCAGCGCAGUUUAGUGUUUAUUCCCCAACGAAAACGCAACCGUGUUUUUCCAUCAGAAAAGUGAGGGGAAAAAAAGUUUAAAAAAAAACAAAAAAACAACAUCUGUGGAAAUGGACAUAAAGGACCAUUCCGACCAGUGCUGCACGUGUUCUCUGCUGUUAUCUUUGGCUCUGUUCUCCUCUGGAGGCUUCAGGUCUGCCUGUACUGCUGAAACAUCAACGCAAAGAUCGAAAUAAACAAACCGUCUAUUAAGCCA